GAAUUUCCCACACUUGUGCCAAAUGCAUCACUGGUGAAGCCUCCCAAGCUGUAAACAGAGCCAGCCCCAGUAACCACGUCUCUAACACCUGGAAGGGAAUAAGGAAAAGAUUCCAAACUUCCCCUCCACACUGUACUCCAAACAUCCCAGAACUGUCAAGAUUCAUUUUGAAGUGCUUGAGCUCCAGAGCUGAAGAAAUCUAAAACAGCUACCGGCAGCAAUGAACUCUCCUCAGCUGUAUUUACCAGAACCCCUUAAGGUUGCCUACGGAAAAGUUGGCCAGUACCGAAGAUUCCAGCAACCCAAAAAGAAAAACGGUACAGUCAAAAGAAAGGGGAUUGAAAGAUGGCACAGAGCUGUGUCUACCAACUUGGUAAAACAAAAUGUAUUGAUCCCCAAAGAGGAAUCCUCCAGUGAAAGUGACCCGGGACAUCAUGAAAGUCAACAAAAUCAGAAAACAAAAUUGAUAAAGAGAAUGAAGACUGCAUUUGGGAGGAUACUGUCGUCCAAGAGCAGAAGCAAACCAGCAAGUAUCAGCAGAGAGGGCUCCACUCUCCGCAGGGAAGCCCUCGGUUCCAACACACAAGGCCUUCUUCCCAGGAUUGUCAAGGAGCUUCCUUCUCCCAAGUUGUUUACCAAACCAAGAGUGAGAAAGAGCUCACAGAAUGCAACCAUACAACUUGAUGUUGUAGAAGCUGAGACAGAGGAGAUAACCCAAGGAAAUACGCUCCUCCGGGCCAGGAGAACCACCAAGCGCUUAUCUGUGACAUCUCUUCCUUCAGGACUCCAAAAGGUACCAUAUUCAUCAAAAAAAAGACCAUACUUUCCAGCACUUAAAAAAAAGAAACGUGGCAUUCUCCAAAAAUCCGAUCUGACAGUAGGAAAGCUUCAGAUGCAGGUGCAUGACCUCGCAGAAGCGGUAACUGAUAAAUCCAUGAAACUACUGGCCCAAAGACACGCUGAGCUUCAACGGUGUGAGUUUCUAGGAGAUGAAAUUCUUCAGUCUUCUAAGCAGUUCCAGAGGAUAUCCAAGAGAACCAUGAGAAAGUAUAAACUGAAAAAUUUAAAAAACAACAACAACAACAACAAAGCCCCUGCUGAUUAACUUGAAGUACCCUUGAACCUCACCUCCCCACCCCACGCCCGUGCUCUACCUCAGGCCUCUUGUGUCCUCUACUUUCUACUCACGUAUCCACUGUAGCAUUCCAAUCCUUUUGUAAUGCAUGUAUUUGUGUUUCUGAAUAAUAUAUAGUAUUAGUAAAUAACAUUUGGGAGGGGCUUUCUAACUUUUAUAAAUGGAUAUUAUUUUAUGUGUAUGCAGAAAAUUAGAAAUAAU